AGGAAACAGAAGUACGAUUCUAGAGUAAUUCGGUUGGAACUUCGUCUCAAAAUAUAGUCGUUCCGGUUAACACUCGCUUUUUUGAUAUCAGAAAAUGCCGUUUUUCCUCGGUUUUUUGGGGUAAAUAUUUUAUUUUACUGCAUUACCAUUACUAUAAAACGAAGCUGAAAUAACGUUAGUUGGCUAUUAUUUUGAAAUGCCACUGUGUCCCAAGAAUGCAAUAAGAAACAUAAAGCAAACAAAAAUAAACAACGCACACAUAUUUUUAUUUAUGUUGAAUGAUCACUAUUUCAGUUCAUGACCCACCAGGAGCUACAAUUAGAAACAUUUUUUUUGUUAACGUGGCAGCUCUUCAAAUAAAGUUCAGAAGUUUGAAGCAAACACAAAAAAGAUGGCGGCCUCCAUGUUAAAGGUUGCAGUUACAGGUAUUUCGAAGUGUGCACGUCAAGUAGUGCCAGUGCUGAGAACAUAUUCAACAUCGAAGGCCCUGUGUCAGGGUGUUCCCGAGACUGUGUGGAAGCUCGGUAGGCUAAAUCACGUCGCUAUCGCUGUACCAGACCUAGAAAAGGCUACGGCUCUGUAUCGCGAUGUGCUUGGUGCUCAGGUAAGCGCCACAGUGCCACUUCCCGAACACGGGGUAUACACAGUCUUCGUUGAGCUGGGCAACACGAAGCUUGAACUACUGCACCCGCUGGGAGAGAAGAGUCCUAUUGCUGGAUUCUUGCAAAAGAAUAAAUCUGGAGGGAUGCAUCACAUCUGCAUCGAGGUGGAUGACAUCGAGGCAGCGAUAGUGGAUUUGAAGGCGAGGAAGAUUAGGACCCUAUCAGAGGAAACACGGAUAGGAGCUCAUGGAAAGCCAGUCAUGUUCCUUCACCCGAAAGACUGUGAUGGGGUUCUUGUGGAACUGGAGCAGGCUUGAACACUACUGUCUCAAUAAAAUUGUGUUUGAUUUCCUGUGUAAAUAGCAUACAUAUUCCCAUUGGUAAAUCUGAAUUGAAAGAUAGCUGAUAGAUGUUCACUGUUGUAAUGAAAUCCUAAAUGCUGAUUAAUAAAUAAUCUAUUUUCCAUAAGCUAAACAAUUUCGUGCAAUGCUAUAUUCCAAUUCUUUGUCUGGCUGUGAUUGAUAGUUAUGCUAUCCUAGACUAUGUGCUCUAAAUGGGAAUCUAGAAAUGUAAAAUGGUUUAUGUGGUGAUCUUUUGCUCUGUUAUGUUUCUUGGGUGCAGUUACAUUAAUCGCAGCACAUGUUUUAUUAUACAUGAGCAACUAUGGUGGACCUUUUCACGAUUAUGCCUGAAAGAGCUGUUACAAAUUUUUUAGGGAAUCUAAUAUUUUGUAUUUUCUCGUUUGCUUUCAUCUCAAUUAUAUAUAGCUAUCGAAUAUCAAUACCAUGUAAGUCCUUGUGUCUAUUAAUUCAAUUGAACAGAAUAUUUCUGCCAAAAUUCUGCAAACUUUGAGCCAAUGGGGGUAAAACCAAAUGUGAACCAUAUUUGCAAAUCAGUGCUUUAUGAAUCGUGCCUAUUAUAGGUUGGAAUUAUUGGAAUUUUAUGUAAUUCUAUGUUGUUCCUUUUAGAUCCCUCUCUUUUGAAUCAACGACUGAGCCUGAGCUCCAGUGUUAUCAGAUAGUUAUAGCACGAUGUUAUCGUGUAGUGUACUUUUCAAGUGGUCCACUGUUUUUCUUUUUCUUUUUUCUUUGUGGUUAAUGUAAAGAGUCCUAAUCUGACUGAGAUUUCAAUUUCAUUAUCUCUUUAAAUGUGAUGGAAAACCUCUCGUGCCAUGCUGCUCGAAGUGGCGUUGAUGGGGUGGGUAUAAUCCAGUGCCUCAGUUGUCGGGAGGGGCAAUACAGUAGAAGGUUUUAUACUUUGAGUUUUUAAAUCAGGAUUCAAACAUUUGGUCAAUAAACAUCUUGAUACUGAGAAACUGUGAAUCUGCCCUCUAAAUUUGCACAUGUAAUGACCACUAUGAUUCCCCAGAUCAUGACUGCAAAUUAGUUCUCAACUGGCUUGCCAAGAAAUAAAUGAAACUUUCUUCCUUAA